AUGAUGAUGAUAAUGAUGACGUUGAUGAUUGGAGCGAUAGCUAUUACGGCUCAUCAGAAUUUUCAUCAUCGCUUAACCAAACAAGAACUGCGGCGAAUUUUCGCAGUAUUCCAUCACAAAGAUGUACCGGAAUACGAGCUGAUCGACGUAAACAAGAAGCAACACAGUGACGGAACCACCUAUUUAUUAUUCGAUGCUUGGGAUCAAAAAUUCCACGUUGAUCUCAAACCUAACCUCAAACUACUCAGCCCUCACUUGAUCUCAGUGGUGCGUGACGGCAAAAAAAGCUCGAAAAGUCGAGGAUUACCGGUUCACCUGAAAGCAGACUGUCACUUCCACGGGAAAGUGCUAUCACACAAUAACGUUUCAGCUGCGAUAUCUUACUGCGACUAUUUGACAGGUGCUAUUAUCAUGGACGAUCAUUUCCUCUUAUUGCAAACAGUUCCGGAACGACUUAGAUACGUCCAUCAGGUCAAACAGCGCCACAUCAUAUAUAAACGCGAAGUUGAACAGCUUUCUAAUUUGGAAUAUACACUGAAGGAACAGUUAUCAAAGCUAAACGAACAGUCAACCGAAGAUGAAUUUUGUGAUAUCAGUAAGUCGGUUGAUGAUGCAAUUGGCAUGCUCGAUAAGGCUGCUGCUACUGCUGUUAUUGCAAACAGAGCUGCUGCAGCCGAAGGAUUAACGUUCAAUUAUACGAUACCCGCAGAGGGUAAUCUCGACUCCCUUUUCAUUUUCCCACAAUUGGAUCCGAUAACCUUGGAAAUUGGACUUUUUCUGGAUUCCAAACUCUAUGAGCAUUUCCAACGUGAAUACAUCGGUGAUUCGGAGCAACAUUUGGUGGAUUUCUCUCUUGCUCUGAUCAACAGUGUUCAUGUCCUUUAUCAACAAUCAUCGAUGACUCCAAAUCUGGAUAUUGUUAUUGUACGAUUUGAAUUGUGGAAAAAACAACCGACAGGACUUGAUACGUUAGCACAUCGUAAUGGACAAGCACAGACAUUGUUGAAUUUGUUUUGUCGCCAUCAAGCAACCCUUAAUCCUGGGACUGAUCUGACCGAUCCAGAGCAUUGGGAUCACGGCAUUCUUCUUACCGGGUAUGACAUCUAUCAUACAACGACAUCGGUUGCAGGCGUUGCACCUGUCGCACGAAUGUGUGAUGAGAUAUUCUCAUGCAGUUUGGUGGAGGGAAUGCAUCUUGGCCGAUCAUUUGUUCUGGCUCAUGAAAUGGGACAUAACAUGGGUAUGGUUCACGAUGGGAAUCAGAAUCAAUGUGGCCGAAAUUGUUGCCUAAUGUCAGCAGUGAAUGGCGCUGGCAAAACCACCUGGAGCGAAUGUUCAGUGCGUGAAUUCAAUGCAUUCUUAUUACACUUAGAUGCGAGUGGUCGCGGUAACUGCCUACGUGAUGGAUCAGAAGGACUUGCGAUUUAUAAUCACAUGAAGGAUGGCCGUUUACCUGGACAGCGCUUUACAGCUGACCAGCAGUGUUCUUAUUUUUGGGGCAGAGGUUUUGAAGUUGAAAUACCGAAAGAAAAAACAAUGGAUGAUAUUUGUCGCAUACUUUGGUGUGGAAAUGAUGGCUCAACAAUAUCAACAGCUCAUCCAGCGUUAGAAGGAAGUUGGUGUGGUGGUAACAAGUUCUGCAUUGAAGGGCAAUGUCGGCAAUGGCCACAACGAACAGCUCCAGCCAAGGUAGAUGGUGGCUGGACUGAAUGGAAUAGUAAGGAAAAACGAUGUCCGAUCAGUCAAUGCCAAAUAACGAAUAGUAUCCAAAUUAAGAGUCAGAUGCGAACAUGUACCAAACCUGCGCCUAACAAUGGCGGUAGAAAAUGUGUAGGCUCUAAUCUGCGUGGCUUAAUUUGUGGUGGUGUGAGAUCAAAUUGCAAAGCGAUGACACUGCUAGAAUAUGGUACUAAAUUAUGUACAGCAAUAAAAAAUGAUCAAGAAAAGCCGGACCGUCAACUUACCGGUGCUGCAUUUCUUCACAGUACACAACCAUGUAAAAUCUGGUGUCAUUUGGUUAAUUCGGAUCUGAUCCGAAACAAGGGUCAUUAUCCGGAUGGUUCUCCCUGCGGGUCUGGACAAUUUUGUGUUGGAGGAAAAUGCUUGACAGUGAUGUGUAAUAAUAAAGCUGUAGUGGAAAGCAGAGAGGAUUGUCCUGCAACUCUCGAUAGUGAUGGUCAGGAAUGGAGUGAAUGGACUGGAUGGUCUGAAUGCUCAGUUUCUUGCGGUUCUGGUGGAAAACAACGACGAAAACGAAUCUGUCAAUCGCAAAAAUGUGCAGGUGAAUCAGUGGAUUCUCGACCAUGUCUUCCCGAAGUACCGCCUUGUUUGGAGUCCGAAAAGUGGAGUGGAUGUAAUGUGAGUUGCAGUGGGAUGCAAAACAGAGCACAGAUUUGUAUGAAAAGACAGAAUUGUUCCAGUGUUAUUAAAGAAGGACGCGAUUGCAGCAAGGAUAGCUGUUCUGCGUGGAAUGAGUGGGAAUUAUGGUCUUCUUGCAGUACGACCUGCGGUAGUGGACAACGGAGCAGAAAACGUCAGUGUAGUGAGCUGAAUGGGUGUGAAGGUGAAGGCACCCAAAUUGAGCCGUGUGAAACUAAGAAAUGCAUGCUGGAAAUAUGGGGUGAUUGGUUGCCUUGCUCGGCAUCAUGCGGAUUGGGUUUUCAAUUACGUGAGCGUUUAUGUGAUGGAUCGUUGUGUGCCAGCGGACAGAAGCAAGCUAGAACGUGUAAUGAGAAAGAUUGUAGAAGUGGUGGAACACUAUUGCAACUUUGGAGUGACUGGUCCGAUUGGCUGUCUUGUUCUGCUUCCUGUGGUGAAGGUAUACAAAUCAGAGUCCGAAAAUGUAUCACGGAGAAUUGUCCAAAAUCGGAUUCAGCAAUUGAUCAACGACGUUGUGUUUUACGCCCAUGUCCCGAAUGGACUAUAUGGAAUGAUUGGAGUGAUUGUUUAAGUUGUGAACAUAAGGAAAUACGAUAUCGUAAACGAUAUUGCCGAAUAGGCCUCAUACGAGCUGGCGAUGACGAAUAUGAAUGUUCUGGUAAAGCAAAGGAAACAGAAACUUGUGAUGUUUCAUGUGAAGCAUCGGCACGUAUAAGCGAAAGGAAAUCUCGUAAAAUACAGCCAGGUCAUAUUAGGGAAGCAAUUAAUUCGGAAGCAAAAGCGCUGGCUAUAUGGAAUGAGUGGCAAGAGUGGCAGCCAUGUUCACGCACCUGUGGUGCAGGUACUCGUAUAAGGAAACGCACUUGUCGAAAUGGUAUUAAUUGCACAAAAGGAGAAUCAAUUUUAGAUAUCCAAUUAUGCAACAAUAACUUGUGUAGUACUUCCGGUGAAUUAUCCUAG